AUGGCGACUAUCGCCAACUUGGAGGGUCUUCUGGCCGGAAUCGGACUAGAGACUCCAGUGCCGCAGUACCAGGCGGCUGACAUACUCGCCAAGCCAAUCGACAUUUACCGCAGCUACCUGGCAGCAUUUCUCUCAUCUGCCCUCACUCUAGACGCUGCUAUGGUCUACGAAGCAAUCAAUGUGACGAGUGACGUCUCUAGGAGUGAUCUUGAUGUGGUCAUACCUCGCCUAAAGCUUGAGACCGCAGAUGUUAGGCGGGAUCUACGUUCUGUCAACCUACCUCGCUUGUUGCUGCCCUACAUCAGCAGCCGUGGCGCUUCGUACGGCCAAGAGACCUCACAUGGACUGAAAGAUCCGUUGGCGCCCGAGAAAGGUCGGAAGAAAGUCGUGGUGGAAUUCUCAUCACCGAGUGUUUCCAUCGAUUUCAACGAUACCCAUCUGCGUAGCACAAUCGUCGGCUCUUUCGUUGCCAACCUGUACGAGUGUAUGGGAUGGGAUGUUGUUCGGCUCAAUUACCUCGGCGACUGGGGCAAGCCAAUCGGCCUGCUUGCUGUGGGGUGGCAGCGCUAUGGCUCAGAGGAUGCACUGAAGGAGGAUCCUAUCGGCCACUUGUUCGACGUAUGUUCCAAAAUCAGUGAGGAUUUUAAGCCGGAGCAGCAGGCAAGCAAGAAGGCCAAGGAAGACGGCUUAGACACGGCCGGGAUCGAGGGCCAAGGAAUCUAUGCUGAGCGCGAUGCCUUCUUCAAAAUGAUGGAAGAGGGAGAUGAAGAGGCCCUGGCUCUGUGGAAGCAAUUCCGCGAUAUUACCAUCAGCGACCUUGAGAGCGCCUACAAGCGGAUGGGCGUUCGCUUCGAUGAGUAUGUGGGUGAAUCGCAAGUGAAGCCGGAGACCAUGGCCGAGGUGGAAGCUGUCCUGAAGGAGAAGGGGGUGCUUGAAGAGAGCAAUGGGUCCUGGAUCAUUGACUUUCCCAAGCACGGCGGCAAGAAGGGGCUGGGCAUUGCCAUUAUUCGCGGGCGGACGGGCUCGUCGACGUAUCUGCUGCGCGACAUUGCGGCGGUGAUCGACCGAGAGCGUGCCUACGGCUUCGACAAGAUGCUGUACGUCGUCUCGAUCCGACAGGAGACGCACUUUUCCAAGAUCUUUACCGCCCUGGAUCUCAUGGGCCGUUCCGACCUGCUGGACAAGCUUCAGCAUGUCAGCAUUGGACGGAUCCAGGGUAUUUCUGAGCGGAUCAAGGAUGCCCACACUCUGGGUGCGAUUCUUGAUCAGAGCGCCCAGCUUAUACGCGAUGCCAUGGCCACUGGGAAAGAGACAAGCCACGGGGGCGAGUCUGGUACGCCGCCGGCAGAGGAAGUCGUUGCCGCUGUUGCUGUUGGUGACAGCAUAACAGUCGGUGCCCUGUUCGGCCAAGAUAUGGCGCACAAGCGCAUCAGCAGCUCCGUCUUCGAUGUCAGGCGGAUGGCGUCUCUGGACGGAAACACGGGACAGGGGCUGCAGGCCAGUCACACGCAACUCGCGCUCGUCAUUAGGAAGCUAAAAGAGCAGAUAGCCGGCACGCCCGAGACUGAUCAAGCUCCACCGGAAUACGACUCCCUGCAGAAAAAUGAGGCGGUGGAUCUCUUGCGUCUGAUGGCGCAGUAUCCGGACGUGACCACUUCGGCGUUUCGCUCGCUGGAGCCACAUGCAAUACUGUCAUAUCUGUACCGCCUUAAUGAUGCCAUACACUCUUGCAUCAAUCCAUCGGAUGGAGAAGAGGAAGGUGGAGAUGCACCGACAGAGGCGGCCAGCACUGUGGAGCCGGAGUCAGUGGGAGAACAGAAGGCGUUUCUGUCAUUGUAUGAAAAUGCGUGUCAGGUGCUCGAGAACGGGCUACAGCUGUUGAGCAUACCUACCGUGGCGUGA